AUGGGAAAUGAAGAGCGUUUGGUUCGGCCUUUUUUACGCGUGGAUAGGGUUGUUGUUGGUCCUCCCGAUGCCAUCCUUGGUGUUACCGAAGCCUUCAAAAAGGAUGUUCACCGGAUGAAAAUGAAUUUGGGUGUUGGCGCUUAUCGCGAUGACAGUGGAAAGCCUUACGUGUUGAAUGUCGUUCGAAAGGCGGAAAAAAAAAUUUCUGAAGACAAGCUCAACAAGGAAUAUCUUCCCAUCACCGGUCUCCCAUCUUUCACCAAUGAGGCCGCUAUUUUAGCCUAUGGUGCUGAUUCCGAGCCAUUGAAGGAGGGAAAGAUCGCAAUCACUCAGACGAUCUCGGGUACAGGUGGGCUUCGGAUUGCCGGCGUAUUGCUGAAUAGAUUUUAUCCAUACGAUAAGAGAAUCUACUUGCCGACUCCAACAUGGGGUAAUCACAAUGCCAUAUUUAAAGAUUCGGGACUCGAAACUGCUCAAUACAGAUAUUUUAAUAAGUCAACAAAGGGAUUGGAUUUUGAAGGUUUCAUAGAAGACAUCAAGAAAGCGCCCAGUAAUUCCAUCAUUAUGCUACACGCAUGUGCCCAUAAUCCGACCGGCGUAGACCCCACGCCUGAACAAUGGGACGAAAUUUCCAAAGUCAUUAAAAAAUGUGGCCAUUUUCCACUUUUCGACUCAGCUUACCAGGGAUUCGCGUCAGGUGACACAGACCGCGAUGCUUAUGCUAUUAGAAAAUUCGUCGCCGACGGACACAGAAUAGCGUUAACACAGUCAUUUGCCAAGAAUAUGGGACUAUAUGGAGAGCGUGUUGGUGCAUUCUCGAUAAUCUCCGAGAGCUUGAAAGAAAAGGCUGCAAUAGAAUCGCAACUUAAGUUGAUCAUUCGACCGAUGUACUCUAAUCCCCCGCUCAAUGGAGCUCGAAUUGUAAGUUAUGUACUUUCCGAUCCUGAAUUGAAGAAAGAAUGGUAG